GCGCCUCUCCCUCCCUCCCUCCCUCCCCCGAUCGUAACCGCCGCCUCCGAUCGAUCGCCACGAUGCGGCUCUUCUGACGAACCGCCGGGCGCGUCACCGUCACCGACCGAGACCCGCGCCCCUCGCCUGGACUCCAUGGCCGCGUCCUCCCCGAUGGUGCUGUCGCUGCUCCUCUUGGCGUCGCUCACGGCGCUGCUGGUCCUCGCGCCGCGCCUGUCCCCGCCGCAGCCGCCGACGGGCGAGCAGGCGCCGGCGGCCCCCGGUGGUGGUGGCGGCGAGGAGGAGGAGGAGGCCGACGACCUCCGCCUGUUCCGCCGCGCGGCUCUGGAGUCGUCGGCGGCGGGCGGCCCUCCCAAGGUGGCCUUCCUGUUCCUGACCAACUCCGACCUCACCUUCGCCCCUCUCUGGGAGCGCUUCUUCGCGGGGAACGAGGCGCGGCUGCGCGUGUACGUCCACGCCGACCCGUCCGCGCGCCUGCUUCUUCCACCCACGCCCUCCUUCCGGGGCCGCUUCGUGGCCGCCAGGCCCACGCGGCGCGCCGACGCCAGCCUCAUCGCCGCCGCGCGCAGGCUGCUGGCGGCCGCGCUCCUGGACGACCCGGGCAACGCCUACUUCGCGCUGCUGUCGCAGCACUGCGUGCCGCUCCACUCCUUCCCGCGCCUCUACGCCGCGCUCUUCCCGACACCCACGCGUGCACGCAGCAGCUACAUCGAGGUGCUGGAGGGCGAGCCGCAGAUGGCGUCGCGCUACGCGGCGCGCGGCGGCGAGGAGGGCAUGCUCCCGGAGGUGCCGUACGAGCGGUUCCGCAUCGGGUCGCAGUUCUUCGCGCUGGCCCGGCGCCACGCCGUGCUGGUGGUCCGGGAGCGCCGGCUGUGGCGCAAGUUCCGCGCGCCCUGCGUCCCCGAGAUGGCGCAGGACUCGUGCUACCCCGAGGAGCACUACUUCCCGACGCUGCUGGACAUGGCGGACCCCGGCGGCGUGGCGCGGUACACGCUGACGCGCGUCAACUGGACGGGCAGCGUCGCGGGCCACCCGCACACGUACGAAGCCCCGGAGGUCUCGCCAAGGCUCAUCGCCGACCUCCGCGCCUCCAACCACACCCACCACCCCCACAUGUUCGCGCGCAAGUUCGCGCCCGACUGCCUCGGCCCGCUCCUCGCCAUCGCCGACACCGUCAUCUUCAAGGACUGAUGGCGGGCGGCUCCAUCCAGGUACUACUUACUACUCGGCAGCAGAGGGCUGGGCCUGGGGCUAGUCAAGGCCGCCGACGACGGACGGCGCGGCACCGGAAUCAGUGGCGUUCUUCUCCCGUUUGGACCCCCCCUGCAGCGUCAUGCAUGUUCAUCAGCUCCAGUGUUUCUGUGUAGUAGAUUAGGAGUGUAGAGAAGAGGAGGACGACGACGACGACAGCACGCGGCGACCUAAUGCGAAGCGGCAGGUUGUGGUUGCGUGCGUGUACGCGUCCUCGAUCGUCGUGCAUCCGGGGAAAAAAAGAAGAAAAAAUAUCGCGCGUGUUUGUGUUUGUGUUUUGCCUACCGUAGCCAGCCAAAGAAGGUUGUACAGCAGCUAGUAAUGGGUAUGGCCACUGCUAGUGCAAGUAAUAAAUCCUAGUAUUGUACAGCUUAUUAGGUAGCCGCCACUCCUGCUCUGUGGGUUUCGUGUCUCGAUGUUUUUUGUACUUUGCAGUGUACUACGUACAUACUCAGAUGUGCUUCCAUCC